CUUACAUCAUCUGGUUCCUCGAUCUGGAAGCAAAUUUUGGAAGUCGGACCAUGACUGCGAUUUAGAAUGGACGUGGCCCAAGACUGUGUGACAUGGCUGGGUAAGCGUUUGGAAAAAUAUUCAGUCUCAACUGUAUGGGACACUAUCAGAAGGAGGCAGCCUAGAGUAAGUUGGUGGAGAGUCGUUUGGAAUAAGUUUGUCUUACCUCAAAACAGUGUGCAGGUCUGGUUGAUUAUGAUUAACAGAAUUGCUACAAGGGACAAACUCAAAAUGUGGGGCGUUAUCAAUGAUAGUACCUGUGUGUUUUGUAGAGCAGCAGAGGAGUCUCGUGAUCACUUGUUCUGUCAGUGUGUUUAUAUGCAGGAGAUGAUUGUUACUCUGCUGCGAGAGGGGGUUGUGCUUCCCGGGAGUUGGUUUGACCUGCUGGAGAGUAUUGAAGCCAGAUUUAGGAAGAAUGGGAGUUGUGGGGAGAUUGAAGCAUCAAUAUGGUGUUGGUGCAUCUGUGUUGUGUGGAAAGAGAGGUGUCGAAGGAUAUUUGGAGAACAACCUCGUGCUAUUGUAGUGUGGAAAGAGAGGUGUCGAAGGAUAUUUGGAGAACAACCUCGUGCUAUUGUAGUGUUGGCUGAGCAAUUAAGGGAGGAAAUCAAGCUGUUUGUUGUGGCUCAUCCUGAGUUUCAGAUUCAAUUGAGAAAAACCCAAACCUGCUGUAAAUGUUUAACUGAAUAGAUGUUUGUUUUCUAUUGGGGAUUCCUUGUAAAGGACUAUUGUGGGCGGUUGCCAAUGUAUUUUUCGAGCUCUUGUGAUGUGUUUAGCCAAGGGAGUGCUUAAUGGUAAAGUCAACUUACCGAAAAAAAAAACUUAUCUUGGAAAGUAAUUAGGUUAUAUGUGAUUGACUGUUAUUCAGGAUAUGCAUUGUUAUUACUAUCUGGUUUUUUAAGCGUUUAUUUUAAUAUGAACCUUCAAAUCUUAUGAUUUUAUGAUUUUAAUCUACGAUUCUGAUAUUAUCUCAUUUUCAAUUUUAGGUAAAAUUACGAUUCUAAUUUUACCAUACAAAUUGAUUCAACAUUUUGACUAGUUUUUAUUUUAAAUUAAGUAUAUAUACAAGGUAGAAAGAAAUUGGUUAAAAAUUGAGAAAAAUAUUUUAAAUUAGUGUAAUAAAAUGUGUAAGUUGGUAACGAGUAACGAGUAAGUUACUCGAUGCGCUGACCCGAUCAACUUGCAACUCGAUCCGCCCUCAACCUGCCUUAUCCAAAACCUGAUGAACCCGCAACCCGAUUUGUCGCAACCAGAUUGAACACGAACUGGAUGAACCCGCAACCCGACUAACCCGUACCCCAAUGAAUCCGAAACCCAACUAGCCCGCAACCCGAUUGAACCCAUCCGAACCCGCACGAUUGACACCUAUAGUAACAAUCCGAUCUAAGCAGACAAGUCAAAUAGCAGAGAAUUCCUAGGCAUUGAAUGUGCUUUCCAGAUGAAUAUGUACCAAGGGAGUGAGGGUUUCUUGGCUCGAAUGGAUUCCCACACCACUUAAAUUUUAUACUUAGGGAGAUAGACAUAUUUCCAGCAUACCCCUAUGUUCUGCAGAUUCAGCUUCCACCUAGCUUUAACCCUUAUUUUCAUUACUUUGUCCAACAACCAUGAUCCCCUAGUUUGCACAUCCCAUAUCCUAAGAUUCCUCAGUCUAUAUUCUUUAAGUAAGGCUAUCCAUAAGGUUUUCUCAUUAUUAAGCACUGCCCAUAAAUGCAUGAUCAAGCAAGCAUGAUUCCAGGAUUAUAGAUCCUUGAAACCAAGACCACCCUCUUCUAUUGGGAGGAAAAUCAUAGCCCAGGUAACCUUAGCUUUUUUAGUUCCAUCACCAAUUUUCCUGAGAAAAUCAGAAUACAACCAAUCAAUCUCUUUAAUAACUUUCUUAGGACAGUUGAAAGACAUUUAACCAGAAUUGAGUGAUACUUGCGAGGGCCGAGAUAAUGAGUUGGAUCCUCCCAACAUAAGAUAACAGAUGAGCUUGCCUACAUGAAUACGUUUUGUAAUUCUAUUAAUCAGUUGUUUACAAUCAGUUACUCUCAAAUUCCCUGCAACCAAAGGCACUCCUAGAUAGCGCACUAGUAAUAAGCCUGCCUUGAAUCUAGAACCCCUUACUAACAUCUCUUUAACCUCCUCACUAACCCCAACACAAUAUAUUCCACUCUUGCUAGGCCUACAUUUCAAGCCAGAAGCUCUAUAAAAAUGCUCGAAAAUCCCAACUACUACCUUCACCCCCUUUUCUGAUUCAUUGUGAAAAUAAGUAGGUCAUCAACGAAGCUCAAAUGGGUUAAACCAACUUUUCCACAUUGCGAAUGAUAAGGCAGAACACCUCUUGCAGCAGCUUUGUUAAGCAUAUAUGAUAAGGCCUCCAUUGCCAUUGCAAAGUGAUAGGGGGAGAUAGGAUUCUCUUGUCUCAUCCCUUUUUUGCUUGAAAAUUUCCAACUAAUCCACCAUUAAAGCAAACAGAGAAAGAAGCAUUACACAAACACUUCAUAAUCCAAUUAAUGAAUUGCACAGUUAAGC